AUGGGAGGCAGUGGUAAAACCACAUUGGCCAAAGAGUUGUACAACAUAAAUUUUUCGUCCUUUGAGAGAUGCAGUUUUGUUUUUGAUGUACGAGAUGCAGCGUCAAGAAAUGCUCUGUGUGAGAAACAGAAAAAGCUUCUGGCUGACCUCGGGGUCCAUCAUUUGCAGUUCGACAAUGUAGAUGAAGGCAAGGUCAUUCUUGCAAAUCGUUUGAGCGGUCAUGGGGCGCUCAUUGUUUUGGAUGACGUGGAUCACAUCGACCAGCUGAAUUCUUUACUGCCAAAUAAACACAACCUUGGAUCCAAUAGCAUGGUCAUUGUAACGACCCGAGAAUUGGGUGUCCUUAAAUCAUGGGGUCUCUCCUGCAUUUAUAAUAUGCCAGCACUUGCCAAGCCACACGCCAAGCAGCUAUUCUGCUGGCAUGCUUUCUUGCAACCCUUUCCACCCGUCGAAUUUGAAACUCUGGUUGAAGAGUUCUUGAAGGCUUGCAAUGGUUUGCCUCUGUCACUCAAGGAGAAGAGAAAAGCAGGGCAAUAG